CAAGAAAUAAACAAUGGAAUAUUUGUGAUCGAUUCGAUAAUUUUUCUUACGGCAAAAUGGCUCCCGUAUCGAUAAAAGGUACUAGAAAGACGUAUAGUUUUGAGGAACGAAAAAUCUUAAUAAGUUUGAUUAACAAAUACGAAGAUAUAGAGGAUAGAAAAUCGGAUCCGAUAUCGAUGAGUAAAAGAAAAUCGGCUUGGUCAUUAUUAGUUGAAGAAUAUAAUUCGAUAGUUGGUCCACAAAGUGCACGUUCGGCUGUACAAUUAAGACGUUGUUGGGAAAAUAUGAAAGCUUGUAAAAGAAAUCGCGAGGAGAAAAAAACCCGAAACAAUUCAAAAAGUUCGAGUCAAUUGUCAAAGGAUUUCAAUCAAUCGUCGAUUUCUUCUUGGGAAAACGGAAAUAUCUACGAAAAUCAUAAACCGGAAGUAACACCGGCUAACGGAAAUGGCUGCUUACCGCCUAACGUAGUCUUUGAACCAAAAGAUUCGGAACCUUUUACUUUGCAAAGUGUAAGUGCGACGAAACCUACGAAUAUUUGCUUGAAAAAGGAACCUGAAACAAGUGGCAACGAGUCUAAUGCAGAUAAUACAUUGAACAAUAUUUCUGAUAUUCAAGAUACAAUUAUUAAUAAACAAACGAUUAGUAUGAUUCAAUCGCAAGGAAUAAUGUCAAAUGACAAUCAUCAGGAAUUAAAUAAUCUAUCGAUCAUGGAUCAUAGAUCAAUGGACGAAGAAGAAUCGAUUGAACCUAAUCACUUAGCUUAUAAACCUGAUAGAACUCAAGCCUUUGUUUUAUCAUCUCCUUCAGGAGUAAACGAUUCGCAUGUUAAUCAUAAAACAAAAGUAUUGCAAAAAGAAGACGAAUUGCAACUUCUUGCAUUAUCAGAAGCUCAGAUUAAGGUUGACGUAGCAGCUAUGUUAAAAGAGGAAGCUAGAAUCAAACUGGAGGAGGCUGUUUAUCGUAAAGAAGAGGCUAGACUCAGAGUACUUUUCUUUACUUACAAGCUUGAGAGGAUAAAAGAGGAUUGAGGAGAUAUCAGAAACGUCUUUUAAAGGUCUUUCUUAUUUCUAAAUUUCAUUCUUUCGUUCGUUAUUUUGUUCCAUUUUUUGUUAAAUAAUAUAGUUAUCGGUUGAUUAUAUUUUAUGUAAUAUUUAUCCAUUUAAUACAGUUAUGAAUGCGAUUGUAUUAAUAAUUAUUAAUAUAUG